AUGCAGCAAAUUCUGGUCACACUCGGUGCUCUCUCCUUCUUAUCCCUUUGCCAAGCGGCGCCGCACGAGAAACGUUCAUCGGACUACAUCUCGAGUUGCGGCAGUGCUUGGAUGGCACGGGAUGAUGUGAGUUCAAACAAUGGUGAGAUCCCGAGGCGAGGCUAUUUAACUGCUGUUACCGAAUUCUGCGAACAGGCUAGCGGACAGACCGUACCAGCUGGGGGCUAUCUCUCGUUAGCAACUCACGUUUUUCUAGACGGUGGAGGUAAUCCUUCCACAAACGGGAUUCCAGGUUAUGUCUAUUUUGAAGUGCACAACAAGCAAAAUUCCGCCUCGCACACGGUUGAUUUAAAAAACUGCACUUCCUAUCUACAGAAACUAUCAAACGACAAUUCUAAGUGUUGGGGCAGUGAGCAUUCUGAUACCAAGGGGGGUACCUGGCAGGUUGGCUCUGACGCUAUCUCCUACCAUGCCCUAGGAGAAAACGUCCCACCCGCUCAGGAUGCCGUCGAUAAACUGUAUACGAGCGGAGCGUUAUCAGCGUUAGGUGGCAGCGGCAAUGUGGCUCUAAGUCCGUUUCCACUAACCUUCACAUCCGACGUGAUACCCUUGCCUUGUCAUAGCCAUAAUGACUACACAAGAGAUAUUCCCUUAUACGAUGCACUCAGUGCUGGUUGCAUGAGCGUUGAAGCCGACGUGUGGUUGCAUAAUGGCAAUCUACGCGUCGCACACACCGACCCAGGAGACAGUGGACCGACAAUCCAAGAUUUGUAUAUCAAUCCGCUUAUUGCGCUGCUAGAUGCGCAAAAUUCUGACGGUGGUAACGGAAACGGUGUCUAUCCUCAGAGAAGAAACCAGUCCCUCGUGCUUCUUGUGGACUUCAAGAGCGACGGUACCACGACCUGGGACGCAGUCUACACUGCGUUGCAGCCCCUUAGGGAUGCGGGCUAUCUGAGCUACUGGGAUGGGUCUGAAUUUGCAUCACGCCCUGUCACCAUUGUCACCAGCGGAAAUGCACCCUGGGCCCAAGCAACAAAUAUCACAGCCAAUCCUAACCAUGACAUGUUUAUGGAUAGUCGUGUAAAUGAGUCACUGGAUGGAUAUGAUACUUCCAAUACAUACUAUUCAAGUGCCGAUUUUGAUAGCGCCAUCACUAGCUCGGGAUCGGCGCCUCUAUCGUCUUCAAACCAAGAGAAGCUAACGGAACAAUUGGAUGCAGGCCAUGCGAAAGGAUUCCUUGUUCGAUAUUGGGACAUUCCUAGCACUGACUUGUGGCAAGAGUUGGUAGAUGCAGGAGUGGAUAGGCUUAAUGUUGAUGACCUCGAAGCUUUGGCGGGCAUUGAUUUCCAUCUAUCGUCAUGA